AUGUCUUCAGUCACCCCUUUCAGCGCGAGGAUACCCUUCGACGUGCACCUGAUGAUUCUGGAACACUGCAACUUUAGAACAGUCCACUCCUAUGCCCUCGUAUCAAAAGGAACCACACCAGCAGCCAGCCGAUACCUCUACCGUGACCUGCACUGGGGCCCAAGCGGUGAUAUCUACGACUGGUCCUGUAACACAAUCCAGAAACUUCUCCGAACACUCGUCGACCGCCCCGAACUUGCCCUGUUGGUCAGGGCAGUGAAUUUCGACGUGGAAUAUAUAUACGAAUCUGACGGUGAAGAGACGUACCUCUCAAAACAACGGACCUACGCCGCCAAUCCCGAGUCUAUCAAGCUUGCAAAGAAGCUUGUGUGGAGGUUGCGCCUGCCAGACGCAAAAUCUUGGACUUCUGCGCUCUCGCAGACGUCUAUAGGCCCAUGGAUCGCGAUUCUCCUCUCGCAGCUCAUGUCGAUGGAGGAACUCACUCUCGGGCCGCCACUGCUGCACAACUCAACGUAUGUCGGCAGAAUUACGAGUGGGAACGAUGUGUAG